AUGUCUACCUCCAUUGACCAGCGCAAGUUCCUCGCGGAGGCUGCGGAGUCGCUGAGCUUAUCCAGUCCCUCGACGGCGGCAUAUCUGCUGGCGCGACACACCCAGAUCCUCCACGAGGAGUCCAAAUCGCUGACCUCUCGCCAGAGAGAACAUUACUGCGGUGCCUGUGGCAGCAUUCGACAGGCUCAAUGGACUAAAAAGGCGGAAAUCAAGCCGAAAAAGACAGCAGUCGUGUCUGGUGGUGCGACCGUCUAUCAGUGCUUGCGCUGCCAUCGGCGCACGGUCAAUCCCCAUAAAAAGGCAGCGCCGACCAGGGCAAUGCCUCGAGCUGUGGCCGCGACAGCAUCUCCUGGCCUUCCGGUCACCACGGCCGUCGGAGUAUCAUCCUCGCAGACAAGCCAAGCAACAUCCGACUCGGCAGAUACGCAGGCCACCAAAGCCGCCGACAACGUCAAUAGCAAGAAACGAGCCAAAGCCCGCAAGCAAGGUGGACUGCAGGCCUUACUGGCCUCCAAACAACGCCCCCAGACAUCCUCCUCACUCGACCUGCUCGACUUUCUGAAUCAGGCCUGA